UAAAAGCGACGGGAUAAUCCAAGAGGCAGGCAAAUGAAUGGGAGAAGCUCUCCUAUUUCGCCCGAACGGGUCAUUCCAGAAUAUACGGGAUUUUUUUUUUUUUUUGUGCGUGCCCGUUUCCUUUUCGUUUUGUUAGCAAGCUCCCCGCUGGAACCAGUUCAGCAGCUUCUGGUGACGCGCGGCCCAUUGCCGGUUACCUGAGCUGGCCACGUGAGCACCACAUCAUCGGCGCUUUUGAUACUGAAAGUCACCGAAAGAAGGAAACAGGAAAAGAGCGAGGCACAGCCCGGGACGAGGCGACGGAGAGAGGCACCUUUGCAUUUGGGGCGGGGGCGCACCGAGGCUGAGGACGCGCGGCGCAGCAGCAGCGAGAGCCUUCGGAGCCCCCUCCCUGGCCUUCCCUCGCCCUGCUUCACCGCUCUCCGAGGCCCCGGUUCCCGCGCUGAGCAGCCCGGGUCACUCAGGGACACGAGUCUUCCGCGAGCUCAGGGCACGGCGGCAGCGGUGGCGGGCUGGCGCUCGGAAGGACUGCGCGGCGCUGGCGGGGGAAGAUGCUGCCGUCGCUAGCGGGCAGCUCGUGCGUGCGGCUGGUGGAAAGGCAUCGCUCCGCCUGGUGCUUCGGCUUGCUGGUGCUGGGCUACCUGCUGUACCUGGUCUUCGGCGCUGUGGUCUUCUCGUCGGUCGAGCUGCCCUACGAAGACCUGCUGCGCCAAGAGCUGCGCAAACUGAAGCAGCGCUUCGUGGAGGAGCACCAGUGCCUCUCAGAGCAGCAGCUCGAGAGCUUCUUGGCGCGCGUCCUGCAGGCCAGCAACUACGGCGUCUCGGUGCUGAGCAACGCUUCGGGCAGCUGGAACUGGGACUUCACCUCGGCGCUUUUCUUCGCCAGCACGGUGCUCUCUACCACAGGUUAUGGUCACACUGUGCCUUUGUCAGAUGGAGGAAAGGCCUUCUGCAUCAUCUAUUCAGUCAUUGGGAUCCCCUUCACUCUGCUUUUCCUGACAGCAGUGGUCCAGCGCAUCAUAGUCUAUGUCACCAGGCGGCCUGUGCUGUACUUCCACAUCCACUGGGGUUUUUCAAAGCAAAUUGUGGCCAUCAUCCAUGCAGUGACUUUGGGCUUUGUGACCGUCUCAUGCUUUUUCUUUAUCCCAGCAAUAAUAUUUUCUGUCCUGGAAGAUGAUUGGAACUUCCUGGAAUCUUUUUAUUUUUGCUUCAUUUCUCUGAGCACCAUUGGCCUUGGCGACUACGUUCCAGGAGAAGGUUAUAACCAAAAAUUCAGAGAGCUGUAUAAAAUAGGAAUUACAUGUUACCUGUUGUUGGGCCUGAUUGCAAUGCUGGUGGUUCUUGAGACUUUCUGUGAACUUCAUGAACUCAAAAAAUUUAGAAAAAUAUUCUACGUGAAGAAAAACAAGGAAGAAGACCAAGUGCACAUUACAGAACAUGACCAACUGUCCUUCUCUUCAAUUUCAGACCAGGCAGCGUCCAUGAAGGAAGACCAGAAAGUAGAUGAGCCUUUUGUGACUCCCCAACCUGCAGUUAAUUGUGAUGGCUUUGUAAACAAUUAACCAAGGGCUUCCAUUCCAGUAUCAACAACAGUGCACUUAACAUUCUUGCAGUUAGAACUAGUACUAUUAAUGAAACUAUAGAGGCAGGAAUGCUAUGCUAUACUAUUCAUAUACUCAUAAUGCUUUGGGAUCUUUUACAAUUUAUGGGCCAAACAGUGUUUUUUUAUCACUGGCUCUACAUACCGGGAAUGUUGGCUGAAACCUAGUGUGCAGUUGAGAACCUCAGGAUUCAUGAUGUAUGCACAGUAUAUAAGAUAAGACUACCCUGUUCAGUCUCUUCUCCUCUUCCACUCCAAAAUAAACAAAAUACUUUUUAACAAAGAUGAGACUUUCUAAUGCCAACUUUAUGCAUGACAAGAAAUCUUUGGAAAGCAGAGUUAGUAAAUACACUUUCCAAGUAGUGCUGAACUGUAAGGGAAUAUUGUAGCCACGGCAUCACCUGGAAAAUAGGAUACUCUUCCAGAUGUCAGUCACUAAGGUAUGUGGCAGUGCAUAUGGCUGUCCCUUUGCAUUUAUCCCUACAGAGCCUAAAAGUGAGAACCAAGUUUAUUGUAUCUGUUAUGGGUAGUCUCAAUCACUCUAAUUCUGUGUUCAGCUGUGCACAUGUUUAGAGUUUGUCUUAGUAUGAAUAAGGCAGAUAGGCAGAUUUUGAAACAU